CGCUCCCCCCUCCUCCUUUUUCUUCGUCGCCAUUGAAGUGAAACCCUAAUCUCCUCCUCCUCCUCCUCCUCAUCGAUUGCUCUCGUUUUCCAUUUACCGACACUCUGAUCGCUGGAGGGUUCGCCAGGAACCAAGGUGAAGUUCCAUGUCUUCAGAUUUUAAAUCAAAUUCGGUUAUCGAUUAUGACAUAGAAGAGCCUGAUAGCGAAUAUAGCUAUGCGGAUAAAAGUUCUACCAAGAGGGACAGAUCAGUUUUCAGAAUGAUUAAUAGCCUUAUAAAGCAAGGGAACUACUCGGCUAUUAAAGUUGCUACAAAUGUUGCAAGGAGAGCAAUCACAAACAGAUCAUCUAACAAGACUCAAGCAUCAUCCGGUAACAUCUUUGAAGAAGAUGACGAGAAGCAGCGAAGUGAAUUCGAGAAAAGCCCUGGACCAGUAUUUUCUGGGUUAGCUUAUUGCAUAGCUUCUUGUAGCAUGAUAUUGCUGAACAAAGUUGUCCUCUCUGGCUAUGAUUUUAAUGGUGGCAUAUCACUUAUGUUAUACCAGAACGUUAUAUGUGUCAUCAUUAUCGUAGUACUGCAGUUCUUGGGAAUAGUCUCAACAGAAAAACUCACAUGGAAGUUGAUUCGAGUUUGGAUUCCAGUCAAUCUUAUUUUUAUUGGAAUGCUGGCGACAGGCAUGUACAGUUUGAAGUACAUAAAUGUUGCAAUGGUGACGAUCUUAAAGAACAUGACAAACAUUUUAACAGCUAUUGGAGAGACCUAUCUCUUCAGGAAGAGUCAGAAUAAGAAAGUUUGGGCUGCCCUUUUUCUAAUGAUUGUAUCAGCCGCGUGUGGAGGAAUUACAGAUUUGUCUUUUGAUGCAGUUGGGUACAUGUGGCAAAUUCUGAAUUGCAUUUUGACCGCAAGCUACUCGUUGACCCUUCGGCGGGUGAUGGAUGCAGCAAAGCAAUCAACGAAAUCUGGUUCACUAAAUGAAAUUUCCAUGGUGUUACUUAAUAAUUCGCUUUCCAUACCAUUUGCAAUUUUGCUGAUUAUUGUCUUCAAUGAAUGGCAAUAUGUCUACAACACGGACGUUAUUCGGAUACCUAUGUUUUGGUUGGUGGCAACAGCGAGCGGGUUACUGGGUCUUGCCAUUAGCUUCACAUCCAUAUGGUUUUUACACCAAACAGGCCCUACAACUUAUAGCCUAGUGGGCUCUCUUAACAAGAUCCCUAUCUCCAUUGCUGGUAUCUUACUCUUCAAGGUCCCUGUUAGCGUGCCCAACUUAUUCAGCAUACUUUUUGGUCUUUUUGCUGGGAUAUUCUUUGCAAAGGCAAAAAUGUCCUGAUUUACUUCGAAAUACAGUCAAUUCAAUUUACAGCAAGUUCGUUUAGAAACCUUAUCAUUUGUACAUGUGUAUUAAUUGAAUUCAUUCAUCAAAUACCGAGUACUAGCCUAAGUCUCCUGAAUGGUGCUCUCCGAAGCCCAAAGGAAUUUGUUAUGGCGUGUCAAAGAAAGAGUUUAUAUCUUUCGACUAUGUCUUCAUACUGUGGUGUCUUCCUAAGGUACUCACCAAGUGAAUUUUUUUUUAUAGUAGCGAAUAAAAUGAAUAAAGCAAAAUGGCAUCAGUAAAUGUUACUUGAAA